AUUUGCCGAGUUUACUGUUUGGUCUAUUGUGGUGAGUUCAUCAUGCAUAGUGUAGAUAAAUUUUCUUUGACCAAAUUCUGUCCCAAAUGGAGGUUCGUUUUGUGAUAUACUGAGCUUUGAUACGGCUAAUUCAUGACACCCCAGCACGCGGCUGGUGUAUCCCUUUUUCUUGGUGCAUCCUUUCUUGCCUGGAGCGCGUACACGUCGAAAAAGCAAUACGAAAAGCAAAGAGCUCUGUCUGCUCAAAUCGCCGAAGUGAGGGAAAGAGAAGAGCGAUCCCGUCCGCGGGUGCGGUUCGCGCAGUCGGACACCGUGCUGAACCUGCGACGGCGCUCCGUGUCGGCGGAGAUCGAGUACCGACAGCGGCUGAGCGUCGUCAGCCCGUCGCUGGUGACGCUACCGGACCGGCACGCCUCGCCGCCGCGGACGGCCGCCGAGAUGCCGCUGUCGACCGUCAGCGUGACGUCCGAGUCGUCCAAGGAGCAGGCCGGCCAGGCGACGCCGGCGCGCUGCCUGUCGGCGCCCACGCGGCGUCCGCUCUCGCCCAAGCCGGGCGAGCUCAUCGACCACGACCCGUCCGCCAUCGUGCACCCCGUCCUGGACCACUCCAAGGGCGUGGAUGAAUCGGACGAGACACAGUUCUUCGCCUACACACUGGGCCAAGGCCUGUUCAGAAAUGGCCCGAGGGAUCCGGACGACGACCCCGACUUGGGCUCGCUGGUGACCUCGCCCUCGAUGAGCACUACCACCCAGGGCGUGGGCAGGGGCUUGACCUCCCGCUGGCGCCCGCCGCAGAGGCGCAAAGCCAUCACCUUCAAGCGGCAGCAGAAGUUCGGCGUCGACGUGCGACCCAUCGACACUUGCAAGUCCGACUUCUCGUUCGUGCUGCUGUGCACGGAUGACGCCCAGAUCCCGCUAGCGUGCACGACCGCGCUUAGUCUGAGGAAGGAGGGCACCAGCGCUUCGAUCGUCUGCCUGUUGGCCAUCCAGGGCGACCUCCCACCACAGCGCAGGCUGCUGCUGCAGCUGCACAUGGACGAGAUCAUCCAGAGUCGAACGCUGGCGGAGCAGACGCCUCUCCACCAGCUGCUGUCCAGCCGGCCCCAGCUGGCGUUGUUGCUGCUCUGGAAGCUGCCGCGUUGGCGCUGCGUCUACGUCAACAACCACUGUUUGGCUAUCCGCUGCGCCGACACGCUAUUCCACACGGGCACCGAGUUCGCCGCCGUGCAGGCGCUGGGCGAGCCGGCGCUCGACGUCUCCGUGUUCAGCGCCAAGCCCUCCAGCCAGACCUUUCUCCGACUGGUGAACAUGGCGGUCGCAUCCCCCGACGCGGAUGUGGCGACCCUCCUCAACACGUACCUGAGCAGCGCUAGCCACCUGAGCCGCGCUGUGGUGGAGGGCGACGUGCCGGAGCGCUUCUGUCGGCUCUCCGUGCUCUAUAACUUUACCCGGCAGCGGCUGGCCCGCGACAGCAUACUGCCCAGCGUCAAGAUCUUCAACUUCUCCUCGUCGCUGCUGGCCUGGCUGGAGUCGGGCGCGCCGGAGGACCUGCCGCCGGUCGUGGCCAAGCUGUUCGCCAAGUGGUCGGUGUUGCACGCUAUCAUCGACCCGGAGCUGCCCCCAGGCGCCGGUGACGUCACGCGCUCGGCUGGCGCGCACGGAGACGUGACGCGACCUUACGAGAGCGCGCCGUGGGCGCCGACACCGCGCGCCGUCGAGGAGGUCGUGUCGGCCGACCACCGCGCGGAGAAGAUCAAGCCCACCACCGAGACGUACGGCUGCUAGCCGGUCUGCCGGACGGUGGGCUGCGGCCGGUACGGGUGGGGGAGUCGAGAGGUGACGAUCGCCGGGAGCGAGGGGAGGGUAGCGCGGAGUGGGGAGUGUGGAGUGAGGGUGGAGAGGUCACGUUGUCGACAGUCACGUGAAGAGAGGGAGGGCUGUGCGAUUGUCCAGUUUGGCACCGUUAUGUCUGUAUCCUUGUCGAGUUCAUUGGACGGUGGACGUUCCUUUUACUAGAGGGCCCACCGGCAGCUUAUAACGUGUGCGGUUGGUGCCGAGCUGCGGACAUUCGUAGAACGCAUGCGUGGAAUGCCUUCGUCUUCGCAAGCUUUCAAAAUAAGUGUCGUACUCGCGAGAAUGGCAGCUCCUCAUCACCGCAAAUAAUGCAAAGAUCAAUGAACUGA